AUGCACAUCAACGCUCUCCUCCUGUCGGCCCUGGCAGGCUCGGCCGUAGCCGCCCGUGUCCACCACGCCCACGAACGCCGCCACGCCCACGCCAACAUCGACAACAUCGAGAAAGUUGUCGAAGACGUCGUCGAGGUCGACAAGCGCGGCGUCGGUGACUGGGUCACGGCCGAGAUUGACGGCGUCCUGGUCUCGUGGAUCAACGAGUGGUCCGGCCAGCCGACCACCACCCAGGCGCCUGCCCCUGCUCCGACUGAGGCUUCUCCCACUACUACCACCACUACCACCUCCUCCUCCGUGAUCUCUGUGCACGCUCCCGCCCCCACCAGCGAUGGCGACACCACCUGGUUCACCGCUCCCCAGUCCGGCGAAUUCUCGCGCGACGGCUUCGGCGGUACGACCGGCCCCAUAGGAUCUUCGGACAGCAUCGAAUACCAAGGCAACGUCGGUAUCCCCUGGGGCAGCAACAUCAUCACGGUCUCCGAGGAGACCGCCAACCAGUACCAGCACGUCCUCCGCUUCCAGGGCAGCAACACUGACCCCUGGACCGUCAUUUUCUGGAACAAGAUGGGCCCCAACGGCAAGAUGGACGGUUGGUACGGCAACAGUGCGCUCAAGUUCACCAUGGAGCCCAAUGAGGUCAAAUACGUGGCCAUCGACAGCAACUCGCAGGGUGCCUGGGGCGCCGCUCAGGGUGAAGAUCUCCCGACUGAUCAGUUCGGUGGCUAUGCCUGCACCUGGGGUGAGUUUGACAUGAGCAACGAGGGCAACAACGGCCAUUCCGGCUGGGAUGUCUCGGCCAUCCAGGCCCAAGCCGCCAACCUCUUCGUCCAGGGCAUGCAGAUCUGCACCCACGAGGGCACGUUGUGCUCCUCCAUCGCCAAUGAGCUCGCCAGUGUCGUCAACGCCUACACUUACAGCGAGCGAUACGUUGACGGCCUGGGCGGCCAAAUCAGUGCGAAUGCCGUCCGCUUGGUCGUCCAGCUCGACUACUUCUAA